AGAUGCUGGCUAAUCGAGGUCUCGCCAGCGCGUUAAAGAAGAAUCUUGUUGGAUCAAAGAAUGCGAUCUCCUUGCAAUUGGCAAGAAGCAUGGCUGUCAAGGUGAAUGGUGACAAGGGACAGGUCGAGAUUUCUCCUGUUCAGUGCUACAAGACCGACGGGCCUUCACUGUGGGUCGACACAACCAAGGAGGAGGCCGUGCAAGCCCUGCGGGACAUCACGACGAUGAGAAGGCUCGAGAUCUCUGCGGAUCUUAUGUACAAGUCUCAGAUUAUCAAGGGGUUCUGCCAUCUUUACGACGGACAGGAGGCAGUAGCGCUCGGUAUGAACUUGGGCUCAACGAAAGAUGACCAUAUCGUCACUUCCUACCGUGAUCACUGCUUCCAGUACAUCCGUGGUGAUUCUGUCAAGCGCAUCCUUGCUGAGCUCACGGGUAGAUCUACUGGUUCAACCAAGGGAAAGGGCGGCUCCAUGCACAUGUACUACCCCAAGAACAACUUCUGGGGAGGAAACGGCAUUGUAGGAGCUCAAGUUCCACUCGGGGCAGGCUUGGCACUUGCUGCCAAGUACCAUGCCAACAAGGGCAUGGCAAGGGGUGAGGUUUCAUCCAAGGCCGUCAGUUUCACGCUAUAUGGCGAUGGUGCGGCCAAUCAGGGUCAGGUGUUUGAGGCGAUGAACAUGGCAUACCUCUGGAAGCUCCCUUGCAUCUUCGUGAUUGAAAACAACAAGUACGGAAUGGGAACAUCUACUUCCAAGGCUUCUUCGAACGAGGAGUUCUACAGGCGCUACGAUCCUCUUCCAGGCAUCAAGGUGGAUGGUAUGGAUGUCUUCAGCGUCAAGCAGUGCUGCAAAUUUGCCCGUGACUACUGCUUGUCGGGCAAAGGUCCCUUCGUGCUGGAGAUGAACACCUACCGCUACCACGGACACUCCAUGUCUGACCCUGGCCUUACCUACCGAUCUCGUGAGGAGGUCAGCGGCAUCCGCAAGGAGAGAGAUCCGAUCGACAGGCUCAAGCGCAUCGUCACCGAGCUCGGCUUCAUGACCGAUGCUGAGAUCAAGGACCUUGAGAAGAAGGUUCGCGCUGAAGUGGAUGAGGCCGUCGAGUUUGCAAAGACUUCGCCUGAGCCCGAGCUCAAGGAGCUCUACACUGAGGUCUUCGCCAAGGAGCCGCUUCCCUACAUCCGCGGAACUGACGGCAUCUACGGGCAUGGAGUGUGCGAGUGGGCGCGCAAGUAAGGGGAACAAGGAGGCAGAUCAGUCUGAGUGCGGAUGGAGAAACGAAGAGGAAAGCGAUUGAUCAUG